AUGGUUUUGAGCAAGAGUGAAGUUGUUGAACCAACACAAGAAUCUCGCGGGAGGCGACCGGCUGAGUCACGAGGCUUCUUCAGGUUGAAGUGGCAUCUUAGACAGGUCGGUCAUCGCCCUGAUGAAUGUCUGCAGCACGGCUUCAUCGACCUCAGGGGCCACCAGCCCGGACGGAUGUGUCUGGGCCAUCCACUGGCGAUAGCCGACCGCGAGCCUUGCCCAGUCCUCUUUGUCUUGCCGCGUAAGGCCUCCCUGCCUCGUUAUUCUGUUAUGGACGGUCUUCAGGAAUCGCUGCAUUCGUAA